ACUUUAACAAGAAAGAUGCCAGGUGUCACAGUAAAAAAUAUUGACCAGCAUGCCGUUACCAAGGCGGUUGCCGUCUUCCUCAAGAAGACUGGCAAAUUGAAGGUGCCCGACCAGAUGGACAUCAUCAAGACGGCCAAGUUCAAGGAGCUGGCCCCCUACGAUCCCGACUGGUUCUAUGUGCGUUGCGCCUCGAUCCUGCGCCAUCUGUAUCACCGGAGUCCCGCUGGUGUUGGCUCCAUCACCAAGAUCUAUGGUGGUCGCAAGCGCAACGGUGUCCACCCUUCGCAUUUCUGCCGUGCCGCUGACGGUGCCGCCCGUAAGGCUCUCCAGGCCCUCGAGCACGCCCGCCUUGUCGAGAAGCACCCAGAGGGUGGCCAGAUUGUGGUCAAGCAGCGCGAUGCCGCCAAGCAGACGGGUCCCCUUGUCAUUUCCAAGUAAACGUGGAUCGCACAUCCAAUCGAAGUCUA